AUGACCAACCGUUCCUCCGAGAGCGCCGGCCCGGGCCAUGUCCCGCCGUUAUACCCGGCACCCGGAGCCUAUGCCCAGUAUCCACAACAUCAGCAACAUCAACAACAUCAACAACACCAACAACACCAACAACACCAACAACAUCAACAACAUCAACAUCAACAUCAACAUCAGCAGCAGCUUCAACAACAGCUUCAACAACAACAACAGCAACAGCAACAGCAACAGCAGCAACAACAACAACAGCUUCAGCUUCAACAACAACAACAACAACAAAUUUUACUUCAACAGCAACAACAACAACAACAACAACAGCUGCAACAACUCCACCAACAACAACAACAUAUGCAACAACUUCAUAACUCAUCAUAUCCACCUGGCCCUUCGUCACAACCUCCAGUAGCUUCAUCUUCCUCUUCUUCGGCAGACUUGGCUGUGGUGGCUUCGUCGUCAUCUUCCUCAUCUUCUGCUGCUGCUGCCGCCGCUGCUGCUGCUGCUGCCGCUAAAAAAGCAAAAACAAAGUACCCGAAAGUCUUUCAAUGUCAGGGUUACGGUGACUGUAAAAUGGCCUUUAGUAGGUCUGAGCACCUCGCACGCCAUAUUCGAAAACACACGGGUGAGCGGCCUUUUAGGUGCCAUUGCAACCGAUACUUUUCUCGUCUCGACAAUUUACGCCAGCAUAUUCAAACAGUCCAUGCAAAUGAACAACACAUUCUUAAUGCAACUCCGCCUUCUCCUCUACCUCAUUCAAAUAGAGUACCGGCUCCUCCUUCUGGUUCAUCUUCGGCCCCCCUUCCACCUGUACCUCCAUCGGUACCUACUGGGACCCAGCAACAACAACCCCCACAACAACAGCAGCAACAACCAUUACAAGCUGUUCCUACGGCAUAUCCAAAUUAUGCAUACGAUGCAAACGCUGCUCAAUAUUAUCAACAACCCCUGGAAUUUCAACAGCAACAACAACAACAACAACAACAACAAAUUUCUUUUCAAAAUCACCAACCACCAUUACCUCCUCUUCCAGGAGAUUCACAGCAACCAUCCCCAUCUCCUUCUGUAAUUUAUACCAACCAUCCAAAUAACACAAGCCAAGGUAUCAUUAUUGAGCAUAAUCCUACAAACCCUGAUGGAUCGUCUCAACAACAAUUACCUCCUCCAUCUCCAGCGACUCAUAAUUUCCAACCAAACUCUUUCAAACCUAAAAACAGACCUCAUCCUAUUGCUUUGAAUUUGGACCGUCCUAAUGCAACUAGUUCACCACCAUUAUCGCCCAUGAAUGCCAUGAUGGGUGGUUCUUCAAAUGGUGCUCUUUCAGCUGCCAUUGCUCAACAACAACAACAACAACAACAGCAGCAAACAUUCCAACCUAUACCACAACAAGUGGCCUUUUCACCAACAUACGUGUCCUCGGACCAUAUGGUGGAUGGACCUACACCUUCCCUAGGAAGUUUUAAUGACUCUAAUGCUUCAAACUUAAAUUAUGCUAAUAGCAGUAACAAUAAUAACAAUAACAAUAGCAUUCCAAAUACACCAUCUACGUUUAACCGCUCAUCGUAUCCACCACUCAAUUCUACAACAAGCUCAAGCUCCACUGUGUUUGGCGGUGGAGGUGCUGGCGGCGCUGGUAGCAUUAACACCACACCUCUACCAUAUAGCACCAGUAGUAGCAACCGCAAUACUCCUUCUAUUGGACCGUUUGAUAGCCUACCUGGAUCACGCUCAUCAUAUCCACAAUCUCAAGCUUACCCCCCGCUGCCCCCUCUACCAACAACCCCAACUGGGUUCCCCCCGAAUCACUCUCAACAACAACAACAACACUCAGUCCCUUUAACCCCCAGCAGCCAGCACCAUUUGUUUUCAUCCCCUUCGCUGGACAUGGGCAGCAGCAGCAAUGGCCAGCGGUCUUUUUCUACGUCGUCGUCCCAACACCAGUCGUCCAAUGUGACAACCCCGCUGACUGGAUCAUCUUCUACCCGUAGUUCUUGGCUUUCUUCAGUUCUGUGCGAUGUCCCGCCAACUGGCAAUAGUGAGGAGCGGCCCCGCACAUGGGGCCCAUCCAACUCGACUUCGCUGUCGUCCAAUAAUAUGACUCGGACACGGCUUUCGUCGAGCGACGAGAUGCGUGGUGGCACCUGCGACCGCAGCUCGAUGCCGCUUGUACGCAUUUCGGAGGAUGUGCACAUGACUGGAGAUGGAGACGGCGACACACCAAUGUCGGGAUCUGAUUUUAACGGGUAUUAUGGCAGCAAUGGAAAUAACAGCAGCAGAAGCAGCAGAAGCAGCAGCAGCAGCAUGGGUACGCGUCUUCCAUCUUUUUCAUCUUUGCUGAAUAGCCAAGAACAUACUCUGCCUCCAUUACCAUCUAAGCAACCACAACGAUUUGACUCUCACAAUUUACCCAUGGCUGAUACAAGACCUCCGGCUAUUCCUCCUGCAGGAGCUGGAGUAGGGUCAACUACGUCGUUGUCUUCUUCGGCUACUGUCAAUGGUGGUGGUGGUGGUGGUGGUGGUAGUAGUAGUAGUACUAAGCACAGUAAGCCUGGUCGCAAGAUGCUUUCGAAGCCAUUACCACCGUUACCAUUUGAAAAAACCAAUACUAGCAGUAGUAGUUUGGGGACGAUUAUGGAUGGAGGAAUUACUGGAGGUGGUCAUAAUCAUAGUCAUCAUCAUGGUGGACAUUAUCAUGGGACUAGUUUUCAUGAGGCUCAACCCAUGUCUAUAUUUUCGUCUUCGUCAACGUUAUCUUCGGCAUCUGCGUCGCUUUCCAAGUCUUCAAGAAUGGAAAAUGCGCUGCCACCGUUGCCUCCUUCUUCUUCUUCUUCUUCUUCAUCUUCAUCUUCAAACAAUAGGUCUCAACAACAGCAAGAGAAAGAAGAACAAGAACAAGAACAAUCUCAACAGCAACAACGAAGUAAAACUGGGAUUGAUGUGUUGUUACAAGCUGCUGGUGUAUGA